AUCACCAUCAUCGCUAGCCGCUCCUCACUUAGAGUCAUCGAUCGGUUCCCAGUUAUCGUCGUUAGACGAUUCUACCAGUCCGCAGGUAUCGUUGGUAGUUGAUGACUUCAGUUAGCAGGCUUCCCCACUCGCCUUAUCUCAGAGCUCGUCCUCGUUUGUCGUUCCUCAACCUGCGUCAGUUUCAUCCGUUGCCAGAACCUUCGAUGUUUAUCCCAGUUCGCAAUGGCGAACGGCUCCUCUCAGUUCGCAGGGUUGGUCGCAAUCGGCUUCUCCCAGUGCGCAGAUUUCGCAAUCCCAGUUCGCAAUUGCGAACUUCGUCUCACAGUUCGCAGACGCCAAUAGUUUCUACUUGUUCGCAGAUUUCGUCUUAACCGCCAGCAUCUUCUUCCAGUACGCCAGUUUCAUCUGAUAUCAGUUCACGACAAGAUACGACGAGGUCGAGAGGAGAAUCUCUCAGUUCUCAGACGACAGCCAACAAACAGGAGGCAUCCAGGAACCAAGGUCAUAGCCGAGCCGGAAGAGAGAUCGAGCUGUCGCUAGUCAAUGGCCAGGAUGCCAAUGGUAAAUCUUUGGCUCUAUCGGUUGGUGUUCCUGAUGAUCCUAGCGAAAGGAGAAUGCAUUCAGAUUCCAGUAUAUAUCUGAUAGAUGAAGAAAACAAAUCACCAUCAGGUCCAUCAGCGAUACCAGGCCGUGAGGGCGGAUCAAAGUCUGAAAAAAAGGAGGACAAAAUUGAAAUGCAAAAACAAAAUAAUUCCUCUGAGGGGUUUGGUAGCAUGAACUAUGAUCAAGGUUAUAUUUGUCACGGAAAAGAUACUGCGCCAUUAUCAUAUCACAGAAGAAUUAGAGGUCCAGGGUUGUCCUGGUGUGGAUUAUAAUCAAUACUUUGGUGGUGGUGUGAUGUACUGGAAUCAUCUUGGCUCUAUUCCACAGCUCUUAGCUAUUGGGAAAACAAAUGGUAGACUGAAUGUCUUUUGAAGAGGAACACACUUCCUACUGUAUUACUAAGCUGUGGUCUCCACCAGUUUCUACAGAAGUACAGAGUAUUCUGGAAAAGAGAAUCAUCCGAGCUGUUAUGCACCAAUGCAGAAUAUCCUGCUAGUUAGCAUAGCACUAGUAGAUUGUGUCCAGUUACUUUCUCCUGAUGGCAAGGAUCCACGACUCGUUGAGUCUCUGAUGACCAUCUGUGAAGUGUUUGGAGCAUGUAUUCCGAAUGUCUCAUCGACAAUGCUUGCAGGAGGGAAAGUCACAGCUCAUUCUGAAAAUUCUGACCAUCCACCUAUUGAGUAUGGAGCUGGAUAUAUGCUGCCCAAGAGCUGUCAGUUAACGCGCGAACAACUCUUAUUAAAAGAAGAGCAUUCCCAGAGACAGAAAAAAGGGGCUGCUAAAGCCAUGCAAAACCUAUAUGAUGUGAAACGAUGGGAUGCCCUUCAGGUGAACAUGAGGGAACACCUCAGAACAGGGAAGAAGUUGUUGACAGAUAAGAAGGAAGUUAUCUUAUUUCAGAAAUUAAAAUGGCCAAGAGAUGAUGAGUUGAAAGUUCUCAUGCUUCAAGUUUAUUUGGAAAGGGUGGCAGCUGGAGAUUCUGAAGCUACAUUAUCAAGGAGUUCGGCAAACGAAUUCCUCUCUCUCGGUUUCAUUCCUGAAAGAACUGUCAUACAGUCCUUUGAGUGCUUGAAAGCCACUGAAGAGACUGAAACUUCAUUAGACUUAUCUUCGGCUGCAGAAACAUUUAUGAGGUGGAAGGAUGAAGUACAGAAACUCCUGGUUCAGAAAUCUGUGAGAUACUGGGAAGGUAGCGGCGCAUGACUGAAGAUGAAGACGAUGGUCAGGGCUGUUUCCUAUCAUCCACGUUGAGGACAAGGUGGUUGUUCAAGGGGGGAGAUAUGAUAGAGACAUGGACAGCCAAUAUAAAUAACAAUAGAAUCAUACUAAGUAGUGCGAUAAUGUACAAAUAAGGGUUUUGGGCCAGGUACUAGUUAACCUUGGGCCAGCCCAUAAGGGAAUUAUUAUAAAUAGGAGUUGGGAGUAAAUUAAGAAGGUAGGCAGAAAUUAGUCUGGACUUGGGAGUGCUGAGACUACUCGAAGUGUCUCAAUUGUAUUGUUUAGUUUCAGUUUCUUCAUUUACAUUCUUAAUAGACA